CAUAAAUAUAAUAAAAAAUAAAUAAAUAAAUAAAGUUUCUUAAUUUAAUUAGGAAAUACUCCACUAGCUAAUUUUCAUUCAUUCAUUGGAUUUGAUUUUCGUAACAUUCUCCGCUGGUCGAUCCGGCCAGGCCUACAUACUGCAGCGCAGCGCUGGAUACAUUCUCCGCUCCGCUCCGCUCCGGCUAAUUCCAUCCAUCCGCUAGCCAGGUACGUAGCGCGAUCGGGCCCGCAGGCAGCCGGCCGGCCGGCCUUCUUCCAUCCGCUCCCGUCCGGCCAAUGUCUAUGAGAGCCGCACCGCCACCCGCGCAAUAUGUUUCUCCCCCGCCGGUUACGCUUCUCCUCAUAGCCUUCCUCCUCGUCUUCUUCUUCUUGGGCAUCUUCUUCGUCAUCUUUUGCAAGUACUGCAUACAGAGCUUGUGGCACAACCGCCGCAACACUCAGGUCGGAGCCCCCGACGGCAACCCCGCCGCCGCCAUGCCCCCCGGUAUCGACCCCAAGAUCAUCGACUCUUUCCCCACCUUCACCUACUCGAGCGUCAAGGACUACCGCAAAGAGAAGUAUGGGCUGGAGUGUGCCAUCUGUCUCGUUGAGUUUGAGGACGAGAGUCUUCUGCGCCUCUUGACCUCCUGCAGCCACGUGUUUCACCAGGAGUGCAUUGACCUUUGGAUGGAAUCUCACAAGACUUGCCCAGUCUGCCGCCGGGCCCUCGACUCACCGCCGCCCGCCUCUCCCUAUUCUUCGGCGCCGGGAGGAGGCCGCAGCAGUGUCGAUGAUGAUGAAAACUUUCAAGAAGAAUGUGAUCAUGCCCAUGAUGAUGAUGAUGAUGAGGUAGUGCGUGACGACAUGCAUCAUCAUAGCAUCACAAUAAUCCAUGAUGAUGAUGAUGAUGUGAAUGACGACCUCAGAAAUAAUAGAGGGGAAGGAGGAGCAAGUGUUGAGCAUAUAAGUAAUCAUCCUCAGCAAGGAAAUACUUCCCUACACAAAUAUGUUGUAACCACAUUAAAUACUAAAAACAACAAUUAUUACCAUUGUAAGAACAACGAGCUGGAUAGUAAUAGGAGUAGUAGUACUGUAAUUAGGGAGGAGGAAGAGAAGUUCCCAAGGUCCCAUUCCACCGGGCAUUCAAUUGUUAAGAUUAGAGAAGACGAGGACAGGUUUACUUUAAGAAUACCUCCGCACGUCCGGGCCAAAAUUAUUAGGGGCCACACUGUCACCAAGAGUUGCACCACCUUUGGAGAACACAAAAAUAAAACAACCUCAGGAAACAGAAGAAUAUGUAGUAGUAGUGGUUUUAGUCAGGUUUGAUCCCUGCAUGCAUGCAUGCUUUUAUUAUAGAAGUACUUGAUUAUAGUAGCCUCUUUUUCCAUA